UUAAAUUUUAUUAUGCCAACCUGCAACCACUUAAUAAAAUUGCAGUAAUUUUUACUUCCAUUUUGUUUUGUUUUAAAUAAAAUGUUUGACAUUGCUGGUCGAUAUGAAUAUUACAAGAGUGAAAAUUGUGACGCGUUUUUUAAAACAACUGUCCCAGAAGCUAAAUCAAUAGCUAAUCUACAAGCUCAAAUUGAUAUAGUUCAACAUGGAAAGUCCGGGGUUUACGAACUGACUCACACUUUGCCCAAUAAAACAAUUCAAACUGUUUUCAAGUUAGGUGUACCAUUCUUGGAUGAAGUACCUACAGGAAAUGUUUUUCAGAGUGUAGCAACUUUGGAUGGGAAUAUUUUGAGAAUUAAAUCUACAUUCAAUGGAGAAGAUUAUGGUGGACGUGAUUUGGAGUUUAGUAAAGAGGGUUUGACAGUUACAAUUCUGGUUCCUCAUUUUACACCGCUCAAAGCAGUUCGUUAUUAUAAACGUCUGAUUUAAUAUCAAAUAUCUGCUAACCAACUUA